CAAAUAUAAAUCAUAUAUAUUGGGUUCUAGUUGUUGAUAAUCGUCCAUUAGUAAUAUAACAUUGAUAGAAAGAGUUAAAUCGCCAACAAAUCAAAUUAAUCAUGAAGUCGAUUUUAAUUGUUGCAUUGACUUUUGCUUAUCUAACUGCAUGUGUUUAUGGUUCAUCAGUUGUCUCUGGGUCGCAAUUAAAGAAAGCUUGUUACACUGCAGCUCACUUGUUGACCGCUGGUCAGAGUGCUGGUAAAGUUAAAAAAAUUGUGUCCAAACAAUUACAACAAUUGGUUGAUAUGAAUGGACAGAAAAUUAAGAAACCAGGUAAACCAUCAUUGGGAUACGCAUCAAGUGAUCCAUCAACACACUCUCACACCGUCAAUCAACAAGGCGCAUUCAAUACAAGUUGGACAGAUCUAAUCGUCAUCGACUUAAACGUUGGAAAGUUAAGGUCAAGUUCUAAGUGCCCUUCGUUAGCUGAUAUAUGUUCAGCAACCACCUUCCCUGAUCACGUUGAUUUAUCCGACGAAAAACAAUUUAAGUCAUUUGCUGAAAGUUUCCAAUCUUAUUUAAAUAAUAAUUGUUGAAACAUUUCGUUCAUCUAGUUGUAUCUCUUUUGGAUUAUUAGGUUGGACCACGAAGAGUUUGAUAUUAAAUUUGAAUAGUAACUCUUAAUUCAGUUUCAAUAC